CUUUUACAGAUUUUUGAACGCCCAUUUUUUUUUCAAGAAAACUUGAACAAACAAUAACAAAACUGUUAUGUGUUAUGGGAAGAAGGAGCACCAAAAAUUAGAGAUUAUUUAUAUAUGAACACUAAAAUCUAAAUUGGAACGUUUAAUCUGGACUAUCUCACAGCCGUACAAUCAAAUUCAGUAAAAUUGUGAAAAGAUGGCCUAUGCCUGGAUUAUAUGCCUAGUUCUAGCUUGUAUAUGUGCAAGAGGUGAAGCCGGACCUAAACAUGGACACUCGCACUCGCAUCCUCACAGCCAUCCCCACGACACAAACCAGGCUGUAGAUGAAACAGAGGAAUGGAACAUUACGCUGGCCGUAAAGUCUGGAUCAGAAGACUACAACUGGGUGAUUACCAUGGAAGACCGUAAAAGAAGCAAAAAUGUCGCCCUGAUUGCCAAAGCACUUGACUGGUAUACCAACAAUAAAAUGUCAAAGGACAAGCAACUAUCCCCAAGCAGUGGUUAUAAAGGCUAUGAGAUAUAUCGGGCCAUAAAAGGAGGAGUUCCAAAGACCACCAUCUUACCUAGAUGUACUCUUCCAACCCUGGAGAAGUUCCUCUUGCUUGAAACAGCACCGGAACUUACUGUCAGUGCCUAUCACAAAAACAUUACCGAAUGUUCAAUACAGAUGUGUAAAUUCAACAAAAACAAGACCCCGAACGAAUGUUUCGAAAAGGCAGCCCCUUUAAAACUACCAAAGAAU